AAAUGCUUGUUUAUAUUAUAGGUUAUGAAAUACAUUUGUGAUAAAAUUAAUACAUUUUUAUUAUAAUAAUGUCAUCUUCCGAUUCAGAAACAGACAGCCAGCCAUUGUACAGAUUGGGCGAUUGUGAAGUUUGCGGAGAUAAUAAAGCUAUUUACACCUGUCCAAAAUGUGAAGUAAAAACUUGUGGCUUAAACUGCGUGAGGAUACACAAAAAGGAAUUGGAAUGUGAUGGAGUUAGGGACCGAACAAAGUUUGUUAGAAUGAAAGAUUUUUCCGACACCGACCUAUUGAGUGAUUAUCGUAUGCUGGAGGAGUGCGCGCGGUUCGUAUAUGGCGUGAAACGAGACGAAAAGAAACGCUUCACGAGAAUUGAUAAGGAUCUUCCUAUUCAUUUAUUCAAGCUCAGAAAUGCAGCCCGAAAAAGAGGCAUAGUACUGCAGUUCUUAGCACAAAACUUCACAAGACACAAAAUGAACACGACCAAAUAUAAUUUUAAAACUGAAAUAAUAAACUGGAGAGUGGAGUGGGUUUUUCCUAAUGUGGACACGGAUCCUAUAAAGUUUAUUGAUGAGAAGUGUUCAGAAAGGAAAAGAUUAUCGGAACUAUUAGACAAAUACUUAGAUCCCGAUGCUGCAGCGUUUGAAGGGUCUAAAGCGUUGACUUAUUAUAAAUCAGUUGGUUUUAGCGGAGUGAAGGUGCUUUUAAAAGCUGAAAAAGUGAGAGGCUCAUCGAAAAAGUUCUUUGAAUUGGAUCCAACCGAAACAUUAGCAGACAACCUGUCAGGCAAAUGUAUUGUGGAAUUCCCCAUUGUAUUUGUGGUCCUUAAGGAUCAUGCUUAUAACUUGGAUAUCAUUGCACCAGAAGAUACAUUUGAAUAUCACAGUAAAAAGGAAAAAGAAGAUAUGAGUAAAGAAGAAAUAAGCAACAGAGAACAAAGAAAUGUUACUCACGAAAAUAUUACACAGCAUAAUGGCAACCAAAAUUAUUCAAUGCAAACGCAACGGGGCUUCCAUAAAAGAAAAAGAGAACUUCUAACAGAGAAAGUGGCGAAGGAGAAGGAGUUGGAGAUCAAGAAUGAAAUAAAAGCAGAAAGAAAGAAGAGGCCCAAGAAUCUCUUGUUCACCACUGGGUAUUCGUCAGAGGAGAGUUUAGGAGACAGUGACAGUGACAACGCCAGCUAGAAU